AGUGAAGUGCGAUUGGUGCGACCUGAGCGUCAUGCGCAUGCUCAUGCCAGCUGGUAACCGGAGGUCGCUGAUGCAAUUGAACAACGUGAGGUGUUGGCGGUGGAGGUAGACGGUCAUUCAUCGUUGGCUCCCGAAGCUGAUCUGCACACGAUCGCCAUUGGAAGCAUUCAGCAUCAUGGGGGAAAGCAGAAAUGUUGAGGAGAAGAUCAGUCUUAUCACACGAAACUUGCAGGAGGUCUUGGGUGAGGAUAAGUUGCAUUCCAUUCUGCAAGAGCGAGACCUGAAAGUUUACUGGGGAACAGCCACAACUGGAAAACCCCACGUAGCAUACUUUGUGCCAAUGUCAAAGAUCGCUGACUUCUUGAAAGCUGGCUGUGAGGUAACUGUUUUAUUUGCUGAUUUGCAUGCUUAUUUGGACAACAUGAAAGCUCCUUGGGAGCUGCUUCAACUGAGAACGAAGUACUAUGAGCAUACUAUAAAAGCCAUGCUGGAAAGUAUAGGUGUACCAACAGAAAAACUCAAAUUUGUGAAAGGGACCGAUUUUCAGUUAAGCAGGGAAUACACUUUGGAUGUCUACAAGUUGUCCUCUGUAGUGACCCAACAUGAUGCCAAAAAAGCUGGUGCGGAAGUAGUUAAACAAGUGGAACAUCCUCUCCUCAGUGGUCUCCUGUAUCCUGGGUUACAGGCCCUAGAUGAAGAGUAUUUGAAGGUUGAUGCACAGUUUGGUGGGAUUGAUCAGAGGAAAAUAUUCACCUUUGCAGAAAAGUACCUUCCAGCUCUUGGGUAUUCCAAGCGCAUUCAUUUAAUGAACCCUAUGGUCCCAGGCCUGACUGGAGGGAAAAUGAGCUCCUCAGAAGAGGAAUCCAAAAUUGAUCUGCUUGAUGACAGGGAAGAUGUAAAAAAGAAGUUAAAAAAGGCGUUCUGUGAACCUGGCAAUGUGGAGAACAAUGGUGUUUUGUCCUUUGUGAGGCAUGUCUUGUUUCCAUUGUAUGGAGAAUUUGUAGUUUUGAGAGAUGAAAAGUGGGGUGGCGAGAAGACCUACGUAGAAUAUAAUCAACUUGAAAGUGACUUCCGUGAUCAAACUAUCCAUCCUGGGGACCUGAAGAAUUCUGUGGAAGUCAUGUUAAAUAAGCUGUUGGACCCAAUCAGGAAGAAGUUUCAGACUCCAGAGAUGCAACAACUAAUCCAAGAAGCUUAUCCUGUGCCUAAGAAGUAACCAAGUAGAUCUCAGGAUUUCUGAUGACUGCAUUGCCCAGUGGAAGGAGAAGAACUUCAUGACAAAUCUUGGUGCCAUUACAUGUAAAUCGCUAAAAGGAGGAAGUAUAAGUUAAUUAAUACAUCCUACUUGAAAGUACAGAAAUUGCUUUUCGUCUGGCUUUAAGGCUUCAGCUCCAGCCCUGUACAGUUGAGGACAUUAUUGCAGUCUCUCAGCUGAAACGCAUAUUAUGUUGUCUUCUAGUGGUGAAAUCAUGAAAUAAUGAAAUAUCAAUGAAUUGAAUAAAAGUUAUUAAUCUUGGAAUAA